GUGGCCUCACUUGUCAUCUGAGGAAAGAAGGGAGAAGAAGAGAGAGAAGUGCAGAAAGCAGGAGAAACUGUUAAAGAAGAUCCAAAAUGGAGGCGUAUCUGAUUCCAAGUCUGCCAAUACAAAUAGGAAACUUGGCGAGUGGGUCCACCCACUGUUCUUCAAACAAAUGCCUUUUUUUGUUGUCCUUUCUUUUAAUUCAAUUUAAUGGUUGACCUCCCCACCAAAAAAAAAAAAGUUUCCAUUUUUCACAUUCCUCUCUUCUCAAACACCCAACAAGUCAAACACUAUAAUCAAUCAAUCUCUUCCCUUCCAAUCUUUCUUUCUAUCUCUGAAAACCCAAUUCCCAAAACUCUCGCCUUUCAAUUAUCCACUUCACAAGCACCUCUUUUUAUUCCAUACCCCAAGGAACCAUAUCACUGUAGCUUUACCUGCAUCUACAGCGCAAUAAUCUCUUCUCUUUUCAAUACAGAAUCACAAACUGAUGUAUCCGAAGGUUAAGGUUAGAACCGAAGGCCAAGAUGAUUUAUAUGUUGCACGGGAACAUAAUUGGACUUCUUUGCUUUCUUUGAAAGAUAUCCAGUUUCUCUUAUUACAGGAUUCUUGUUUUCCAGUGAAGGAGUACAGGGAUGUUUCUCCGGUACCUAUUGCAAAAAUUCCAAAAACUUACGUACCAAAUAUACUCCUGCCAACAGAGUCUGCUUCUGAAGGAGUAGACAAUAAAAGCAGUUCUGAUGAGGAGGAUAGACCAAAUAUCAGAGCUAGUUUGGUCCCACGUCCGCGUGCUGUCAUAUCUAGUCCUGACAACGAUGCACUGAUUGCAAACAAAAACAGAGUUAAAGCAACCCAGCCUUCUGCUUUGAAGAAUCAUAAUUUGAUACGAAGUAGACAUGCACAAUGUAAGGUUGUCCCCAGUCAAGCCACUGAUGAAAGUCCACUAAACACAAGUAAGUCCAAGGACACUACUGAUAAAAAAAUUGAUGUUAGAGGAACGAAAGGGUCAGCAACUGUGUUAUCAAGCCAGAGAAGAAAUAUUACAAGUGCUAAACCAAGUUCUGUAAGAAUCUGAUGGAUUUGUCAUACACCACCCAGGACUUGUAGUCAGGUCAAUUCUGGGACAUUUUUUGUCUCCUCACGGAAGUACCCCAGGCUUUGUAACAAACUACAGUUUUCUUGUACACUGACAAGAAUCAUAUGCAGAGUCGACCUUAAUACAGUGUUAUUCUAGAAUUA